CGUGUUAAUCGCUGGAAAAUUUCGAUUUUACUUGUUAACUCUAUGCAGAGAAAAUGGCGGCUAUACCUAUGAAAGUAGCUCGUUGCCCAACAGAUCAGCUUUCGUUUUCAAACUGUGCAGUUGUCAAUGAAAAAGAAUUUCCUUCUGAUACAAUCAGGCAUAUUGAAAUAACAACUGCUGCAAAUCACAAAUAUGUUUUUACUUUGAGAACUUUUGAUCAAAUGCCUAUUGGAACUAUUGGAUUUAGUCUCCCUAUGAGAAAAUGGGCAGAACUAUCCAUUAAUCAAACAAUAGAAGUCAGACAAUAUACAUUUAAUCCAAAUAACCAAUAUGUGGCUAAGAUUGUUUUGGAAGUAGAUUUUCUAGAAAAAAAGAAUUCUACUCAAGAACCAUAUGACACAGAUAAAAUGGCUGUGGACUUUGUUAUGCAAUUUCCAAAGCAAGCAUUUACAGUUGGACAAGUGGUAAGUUUAAAACAUGUUAGAGGAAUAUUGCUUUUUGGACCUCCUGGUACUGGAAAAACUUUAAUGGCUCGCCAAAUUGGACAAAUGUUAAAUGCACGUGAACCUAAGAUAGUAAAUGGUCCUCAGAUUCUAGAUAAAUAUGUAGGAGAAUCAGAAGCAAAUAUAAGAAGGCUAUUUGCUGAAGCAGAAGAAGAAGAAAAACGAUUGGGACCUAACAGUGGACUCCAUAUUAUCAUAUUUGAUGAAAUUGAUGCAAUUUGUAAGGCAAGAGGAUCUGUGGCUGGAAAUACAGGAGUUCAUGAUACAGUUGUUAACCAAUUACUUGCAAAAAUUGAUGGCGUAGAAUCCUUAAAUAAUAUUUUGGUUAUUGGGAUGACAAAUCGUAGGGAUAUGAUUGAUGAAGCAUUGUUGCGACCUGGUCGUUUAGAAGUACAAAUGGAAAUAGGAUUACCUGAUAGAUUUGGCAGAAGCCAAAUAUUAAAUAUACAUACAGCUCAGAUGAGAAGACAUGGUAAAUUAGCAGAUGAUGUUGAUAUUAAAGAACUAGCUGCCCUCACCAAAAAUUUCUCAGGUGCUGAAAUUGAAGGAUUAGUACGAGCUGCACAGUCAACUGCAAUGAAUAGAUUAAUAAAGGCAGCAAGUAAAGUUGAGAUUGAUCCAGAAGCAACUGAAAAAUUAAAAGUAUUUCGAAAUGACUUCCUGCUUGCUUUAGAAAACGAUAUUAAACCUCUUAACAGCUUCUACUGUACUAAUACAAAUAAAAUAAUUUUAGGUCCACCAAAUUGUGGAAAAACAGCUCUUGCAGCAAAACUGGCUCUUAAAUCUGAUUUUCCAUUCAUUAAACUUUGUACACCAGAUGAUAUGGUUGGCUUUACUGAAACUGCAAAAUGUCAGUGCAUAAAAAAGGUAUUUGAUGAUGCUUAUAAGUCACAACUAAGUUGCAUUCUGGUUGACAAUAUUGAAAGACUGUUAGAUUAUGGUCCAAUUGGUCCUCGUUACUCAAAUUUGGUAUUACAAGCUUUACUGGUUCUAUUGAAAAAAGAACCACCUCAGGGAAGAAAAUUACUGGUUUUAUGUACAUCUAGUCGUAAACAAGUUUUAGAAGAAAUGGAAAUGUUGCCUGCAUUUAUGUCUGUACUCCAUGUCCCUAAUUUAUCCUAUCCAGAGCAUUUGAUGGCUGUACUUGAAGAAACUGAUUGCUUUAAUAGAGAUGAACUAGGAAGAAUUGCCAGAAAAAUUGAUGGAUGCAGAGUUUGGGUUGGAAUAAAAAAAUUGCUGGCAUUCAUUGAUAUGGCACGACAGACCGAACCCGAAUACAGAGUUACAAAAUUCUUAACCAAGUUGGAAGAAGAAGGAGCCCUAGAAUCUUAAACAUUUGUAAAGAAAACAAAUUUAAAACAUUCCAAAUGCAUAUUUAUUUCUUCCAAUAUAAAUGUGUAAUGGUAUUUUCAGUUUAGAUAAAAAAUAAUAAUAAUAAUAAAGUAAAAUAAUUCAUAGAAUGAAAAAUGAGAAGAUAAUUCUAUAUUGAAUUCCUAUUUAAAUCAUAAAACUUCUAAAUGUCCGAUUGUAGAGAUUCCAAUUAUCAUUAUCAUCAGAUAUUGUACAUAAUAAUCAUUGAAUGUGUUUUUGCCUUAAAAAAUCAAUAUGUACACUAAAUGAAAAAUAAUAAUAAUAAACUCCAUACAAUAAUAACAACUUUGAACCUGCUUUGAGAAGCCAUUUUUGACUUCGCGGAGCGAUUUGGAAGUUGUCGUUACAAAAUAUGGAGUGGCUAUUUCCUCGCUUAGAAAAGCUAAAGUAUUAAUUUAUUAAGUCAAAAUACUUGUUUUGUUAUAAAGUUUAUUGUUUGUUUCCUUACAUUUCUGUAUAUAUAUAUAUAGAGAGAGAGGAAGACAUAUCAGUAAAAUAUUCCAACACACUGAAUUCUGUACCUUGUUAUGUUAUGUAAAUUAUAUAAAAUUAUUAUUGAAAUUUUUAUCACAUUGUGAAUAUUAUUACAUUUAAUUAUACUGUAUAAUAUACAGUUUCUCUCUUAUUUGUGAUUGAUAUAAAGCAGAUAAUGUGAGGGAAAAAGAUUUCUUCUUACAUAAUUAUGUAAUUAAGAAAAUAAGAAAAAAAAAUUCUAUUUAUGAUGCCUUAAAUGUGUAAGAAGUUUAGUGUGAAGUUUCCUCAAAUUAUGAAGCUGUACUUUAAUUGUUCAAUAUGUACAGUUUGCAUAGAUUUGUUGUUGUAAAAUAUUUAUUUAAACGUUAAAUAAAUUAAUAUUAAAAAAUUAAA